GCUAUCAUGUUUGUUUCGUUGAAAUUUUUGGUUGAUGAUUUAAUUAUAAUAUAAAUGAUAUUUUAGCAAAAUGUGUCUUGUAAUGUGUUGGUUGUUUGGGUCAUUAGUUGCGGUCGAUGGAUAAUGCAUUCUGUGAAUUAGUGAAGAGUGUACACACAAGUGAUUGGGCUUUCGCCGACUUUGAUGUAGCAGAACCUUCGUCCCAUCAUAAGAAGUGCGCAGAUUAUGACUACGGUGUGUACGUAAUGAAGAUGCUGCUGCAAGAGUAUGUGGAUGGAAUUUUAGGUGGAAGAGGAGACGAUGUCGUUGCCGACUUGGACUGGAGAUGUACUUGGGCAGAACCAACCAAUGUACCUAGGGAGAUUGAUAGGCUACUUAUUGGUGCAAGAAUUCUCACAUCUGGGGUGAACAAAGUAAGAGAUAAUAUGUUUCAGAAAGCUGUUAAGAUGCAGGAUAGAAAGGAAGGUUGAGUAGAUGGAACCUAUGUGGGUGGAGGAAUGGUUUUUUAUUUUGUUUAGUAAAAAGGCAUUGUGAAGUUAUAAGAUAUUGGACAAUUUUGUGGUAGAUAUGAAAGGUUAUAAGGUGAUGAAUUUACAUUAGUUCAACUAUGUGAUGAAGUUGGGCAUAUUAAGGUGUCUACAAUAUAAUUGUGUUUAAUUUUUUGGGUUCCAGAUUUUGAUAUCAUGGUUUUGGAGAACGUCUAUGUUUAUCAAGUUUAGUUCAGUUAUAAUUUUUUAUAUGCCGAGCAUACCAUAUACUAAUGUAAUGGAAAAUAAAUUUGGAAAUUAA